AUGCACGGCUUUUCUAAUAUUCACCAAGCAAUAAAUGUAAUCAAGGACGACAACAUUGGGAUUAAUAUCCACAACACAAAUAAUAAUAAUAGAAUUUGUGUCACCAGUUGUGGCAACACAGAGUUUGAAACGACUCCCCUCGCUUAUCCCACCACAGUGCCACCAAUUCCUUUAUCAAUAGCCAAUCUCGCUCCCACUCUUCGCGAUCCAUCUCAAUCAGCUUUAUUAAAGUUGUCUUUGCAGCCCAUCAUUUCUACUGAUAUGCUUGCUCAUAUGCCUACUUAUCAGCACACUCCCCCCUCUACUUCUUUUAUGCACCAGGCUCCUUUAGAUCAGCAUUCUGAUGACUCGCAAUCACAAAUACAGUCAAACCCACAUUUCAAGGCACAUGACAAAAAAGAGUUGACUCGCGAGAUCUCAACUAUUCUAACGCCUGCUUUGUCUUCUGCCAUGCUGGCUGACCAGUCAGAUACUGCUACUGUAGUUUCCAAUGGCUCUAUGCGAUCAAACGAGGGCGGCUCGAGUAUGGGCAGCUACACUGGCGAUCGUCGACGCAUUCGUCGUAAAAUCGAAGGUGCUGUUCUUGAAAAACUCACCGAGUACUUUUGGGUGAAUGAUCGUCCUUCGUGGGAGGAGCGCCGUAUCAUUAGCGAAAAGGUUGGCAUGAGCAACAGAGAUGUGCAGGUUUGGUUUCAGAAUCGCAGAGCAAAGGAAAGACGGUUGAUAGGCGAAGGCAGUACAUCGGAAUCACAAGGUGGAGAGUCUAGCCCUGCUCUAUCCCAAUCACGUAGGUCUCGUGCUAUAAGCCUACGGAGUAUUCCUGGUGAUGCAGUUGCUGCAAACCGAAACCUAGAUAUCAAUGGCGCGUUGCCAACCUACUCUCCGAGCCCUCUAGCUCACUCACUGCUUCCCCAUUGCAAUCAGACCCAUUAUCGCACACCGACACAAACCUACUCUCGCUUGCCAUAUCAAUACAAUACUCAUAGAGAUAGCGAUGAGUGGUCAUCUAGUAGCGAACAACGACGUAGCCGCGCAAGCAGUAAUCCUUUACCUCCUAGUGAUGUCCGUCGUAUCCCGCUCCAUUCAUCUCCUACAGCUAUUCUUCUGCCUGCCCCACUUCAGUUUCGGUUUGAACGUUCCGAAUACUCGACGUAUAGUUCCAACAAUACUGCUUCUUCACCCAGUUCACCCAUGUUAGUGCAGCCCAUCAUACCCACACAUCAGACUCAGCAAAGAUCGCCACUUGGCCAAGCUGACCAUCAUCCACUCGAUCAAAGUGUUCGACAGCUUGUGCCGAUCCCCUUUGUUGGCAGUGAUGAAUCUUUUACGUAUGGAGGAAAUGAUACCAAACUUGCACCCAUUCGCAAAACACCCUCCCACUCAAACACACUAAAUGUGUCCACCAUGCUCAACGAACACGACAUGGAUGUUUCGGAUCUAAAACGGGAUGCCGAAGAUAUCAGGGAAACUAACGAAGCUGCUCAACUGCUUUUAUCUAUUAAAAACUAA